AUGGCUGGAUCGGGGGCAGCGGCAAUAGCGGCAGGGACUGCGUCUCCGUCCAUCAAGUCUGCGUCAACUGGGACCUCAUACGACGGCGCCGGGGCACCUGUGGUGAUUCCCAUCAAGUUUGCUUUGUGUGACAACGUGAGCACCAUCUAUCGCGAGAUGACGCGCCUCUUGCGCCACGAGUUUGGCGCCAAGCGGAUGAAGGGCACCAGCACCCGCCUCGACCUCUUGCUCGGCGACCGCAACAAUCCGCCAUACUUUCGCAUGGGCAUGAUGGCAGCCACCCACGGUGGAUUACCGCCGCUCAUCAACUUUUAUCGCGGCAAUGACCGUCUCUGUCAAAAGGCUAAGAUGGCCCAGCUGCUGCAGGGGGGGACAGCGGCAGCCCGACCAACUUGGCUCCCGGAGACAUACACCGUGCGGGGACAGCGCACGGAGCAGCCAGACCAUGAGCGUGACUUGCUUUUGCUGGCCCACGCGCAACGUCCUCGCGUUUGGAUUGCCAAACCCACCUGCGGCUGUAAAGGGGAAAAUAUUUUGAUUGACGACAACCUCCCGCGCCUGCUCCAGGCCAUGGAUCAUUAUCGCUUUCUAUUUGUCGUGACCGAGUAUUUGCUCGAGCCCCUACUGCUCACGCCGGGUGGACGCAAGUUUGAUCUGCGACUUUGGGUCCUUUUGGACCCCCAGUAUGAGGCCUUCAUUUUUGAAGAGGGCGUUCUGCGCACAGCCUCAACACCCUACACGGCCGACAGCUGGGAUGAUGUAACACAGCACUUGACCAACCACGCGAUCCAAGAGGUUCACGCCCAAGAUUACGAACGGUACGAACCGGGUAAUGAGCUCUUUUUCCCCGACUUUCGCCUCUGGCUUCAAGAGCAUCGCGGCGUAGACUUUGAUGAGGAGGUCAUGCCACAAAUGGCACAAAUUAUACAUCAAUGUUUCGAUGCACUGCGCCCUUCCUGUCAACUACCGCCCGGCCACGCUUACCACAGCUUUCAGCUCUUUGGGUUUGAUUUCAUGUUGGAUGCCGCUAUGAAGGUAUGGCUGAUCGAGGUCAACGGCGCCCCUGCGGCUGCCGCGCGGUUGACUACGCCCAUUGCCCAUGACCUUUGUCUGCACGUGGCCCAGUACUUUGGCUUUGUACGACAUCCCAAGACCCGGUUCAAACCGGUCCUGGACUUGAUGUGA